UACUUGGUGCAGUAUGUUAUAAAUUUUAAUCCAUUUUAAUCUACUCUCAAUAAUGAUAAUAUAACUGCCAUGCUGAAGAAUUAAAUUUACUUUUAAAGAGAACUGGAGGUAGAUGUUCAAUUCGUGGAAAAUGGAAUUGAUAGAUAAGUGAAAGGUUGUUAAAAUCCCAAAAUGGGCAUCGAGAAGAAGGUGUUGGAUUUUGAAGUAGAAAUCCAUGAUGCCCAGUUUAAUCACCAAGGACGUUAUUUUGUCAAACUGUCAAUACAGAGUUUACAUACAAGAGACUAUACAUCUAUACAAUUAAAGAAACCAUUGAGUAUUGAAUAUCUUUAUGAUAACGAAGGUUUAACUGAUGUUACACAACAAAAUGGAAAUGCUGAAUUAGUUUUCUUUAAAGAAAAGAGAUUUGUGUUCAGAUUACCAAGAGGUUUUUGUAAGAAUGAUAAGAAUCAUGAUGUAUAUUUAUUAUUGGAGGCGUUUACUUUACCAGAUAAUGAUCAGGAUAUGGGUAAAAAGGUUGGGGAAGGCAAGUUCGCCAUUUACCCUCGCACAAACGCUCCCAGAAUUAACAUGAACGUAGAGGUCAACGAAAACAUGUAUCACUACACCGAUGUUGUCUCACUACUCAGAACUAUGUCAACAGAUAAUGCGACAAUGCAUUGCGGGAGGUUGCGCUGCACGUUCGCAUUGAGGGAGGUUAUUCCAAAAACAACACGAAGAACCCCUGUACCUGAUCCUACACCUCGUCCCUCUCCACGCUAUGUACAAGUAACAGAUAGAUCUGAGAAAAAGAAAGUAGAAAUAAAAACACCCUCGCCAACACCAUUACCAACAAAUAGACCAACAGCUAGAGAUAACCCUCCACCACCAAAAACAAAACCCACACCGGUAUUAAAGAGAGCAUCACCUAAUGAUUCAUGGGGUGAUAAUCAAUCAGUUAAUUUACCUAAAACACCACCUAGAACCCAGCCACCACCACCAACUGAUACUAGAAGGAUGACAGAAUCUCCAAGACCUAAUUUUGAUCACACCACAUAUACAGCUAAUGUACAGAAUUGGAGACAUGUAUCUAAAUCUGGUAAAGAACAGAUUGAUAUCAUAUUACAUGGUGCCAGUGCUGUACCAGCUACACAAAAAGGCAAGGCGCCAUUACCAUAUGCUUCCAUUAAAACCAAGUCUGAUUAUUCUGGUAAUGAUGCCACUGCCCUAAAGACACAUGCUUCUGCUCGACCUACAUCAGCACCAUCAUGGGAAGAAAUGUUAAGCAUGGAGAUAGAUGAGAAAAAAUCAAAAGAUGAAGCAUUAAUGUUAACUAUUGGUGAUUCUACAAGUAAAAGUCGUUUAGUUAAUUAUGAACUACCUGUCAAUCAUCUUCAACCAUUUCACCAAUAUCAUCUAGAAAUGGUGGUGCCAAAUCAAACUAAACCUGAUGGUGUAAGAAUGUAUGCUAGUAUUAUGAGGAAGCUUAGUAAAUUACCACUUGAUAUGUCAUCUCCAAAUUAUUUAGGUCUAGAGGCCCAUUUACAAGCUGUUCAGAGACCUAUACAGAAUCCAGUAGGACCACUAAUAGCAGUAGCUAGAAUAGUUCCUGAUUACUAUAAUUAUAGAACGGAUAAUUUAUUACCACAUCCCCGUACAGCAGGAGUUAAUAUGACCAGUGUUACCUUUCCACAACCUCAUCCAUCUUCCUUUAAAGUUCCUGAAAAAUCAUCACAAGGUUAUCCACAGAUAAGUUUACCAGGCCGUCCAGAUGAUCAACCUGUAUGGAAUCAUCCAUUUCUAUUCUCUGAAGAAAAAGAUAAAGCUACAUUAUUUACACCAGGAGCAGCAUUAGUUAUAGAAUACUAUGUAGCUAAUAAAGCUAUGAAUGAUCAGUUUUGGCGUAUGGAGAGUCCAGUGGGUUUUUCAUCUCUACUAUUAGAUCGUACUAUGUACUCACAAUUAACAGCUGAUCAAGCUAGGAUGGGAUUACGUAUUGAAGGUCUACCUAUACAGGGAAGUAAUAUGAUGACAAUAAAUAAUAGAAUACCUACAGUUGGUAUGAUUCUACGUCUUAUAACUUCAGACCAACCUAAUACUAUGGUAUCAUACAGUAAUAAAGGAGAUUUACCAUUAAUAGAUUUAAAUCCUAUAGAUCCAUCUUCUGUACAUGUACCAGAAGAACCUGAUGUAUUAACUGUCUCUCAUUCCGAUUCAACACCACCAAUAUUAUCACCACCUAUAGAUGUGACACCUAGACAAAAGACAGGUAAAUGGGUUCUACAGAAAGUACCAAAGAGUGGAUUACCAGCAUUAAAAGAUGGAGAAUUACCACCAUUUGAUGCUAUGGAUUCUGUUUUACCAGAAUAUCAGUAUAUAUUUCAAGAAGAAGAAGGAGUACCAUCUACCAUGGGUAAUCCUGUACGUACAGAACAUAAUAAAACAACCACAACACAUGUUAUACAAUCUAAUACAGGUGAUCAAUUACCUAAUGUAAGCAGUAAAAUUUACAACUAUGAUGGGUAUGACGACCCAGAUUACAUGCAAGUUAUACAACGACAAGAUCAAGAACUUGGUAACUAUAGAACACAAUUAACAAAGAUGGGUGGAGAAAUGGUUGAAUUACGUACAGCACUUGGUAAUUACGAGACAGUACAGAGUAAUCAAAGAAGAGAUGAAACAACUAGAAUACUUAUAGAUGCUCGAGAUCUUGAUGGUUUAUCUAAAGCAGAUCUAAUGGCUAGAUACACACAUUUAAAACAGAAAUUUGCUCGAACCUAUACAGAAUUAAAAUUAUAUAAAGAUAAAGUACAGAGAUUGCAGAAUGAAUUAAUUAAGAAAAAUGAUCAACAGAAAGCUUAUUUAAAAUUAACUCAUGCUCAUACUGGUCAACAAGAAUUAUUACAGAAAUUACAAGCUAAAGCUCAACAUAUAAAGAAAUUAGAAGAUACCAUCAGAAAACAAGAACAAGUUAUAGAUAAAUUAGAACGAGCUUUAGAAAGAAGAUUUAGUAAAACACCUAUACCUAGUAAUAAUGCUGGUGAAAUAAACUCAACUUUAAGUGCUGAAAAUCGUCAUCUUAGACAACAAAUUGAAGAUCUUAAGGAACAAUUAAGGUUAGCUGGUAGAAGUAAUAAUGAUGAUUUAGAGAAAUUAGAACUAUAUCAAGCUUUAGAGAGAGCUGAGGGUAGAAUAAUGUCUUUGGAGAGACAGUUAACUGAAAAUUCUCGCAACUGGGGUAAAGAAAAGGCAGAUUUAUCUAUUAAAGCUAAUGAAGUAGAAAGAGGAUUCCGUCAUGGUGCUGGAAUGAUUUUACAUGAUUAUCCUGUUCUGGAUGAAAUUUGUGCUAGACCCAUAAGAAGAACAGGUUGUUUAUCACCAAUUCACUGAAUACCUCUUCAUGCCAAUUACAUAUCAGUCAAAAUAACAGAAUAAUUACAUGACAUAUGAAUGGAAGAAUGAUUGUAUUUGUCUCAGAAUUUGUUUUCAAAUGAAUUUAAAUUCCUUUAUUAGAUCUGUGUUUUUAAACCAAUAUUUACCAUGCUGUUAACAAUGUUGGAAUUACAAAUAGAAAUAAAAAACGAAGAAUACCUUUUAAAGUCAUGUAUUGUUGUUAAAUUGUAAUUUGUUUAUAUGAGGUUUAUUUAUGCUAUUUGAUUUGUACCAAUAAAAUAAAGAUCUACAGCAUUUACUUAAUUUAGUAUUUUAGUGCUUCUUGUUAAGAAUAUAUUGGUAACAGUUUUAUUAUCUAAAUGUGAUAUUUUAACAAAUUUGUUAUGCCAUGCCUACUUGUAAACAAAUUAUAAUAUUGGACAUGCAUUGUCUAUUGGACAUGCAAUGUCUUGUUGAAAUCUAAUCAUUUUACUUACUGUGAUAGUCUGUAUAUAAAAGUUAUUUUGUUAAUAAUUGUUUUAUAAUUUUAUUUAGUAAUGUUUAGAAUCUCACUGUAUAUAAUCCAAACUACAUUACAAUCACUAUCUACAUACAUGUUCUACAUAUGAUCAAUCAGUCCUCUACGGCGAAUUAUUGAAAUAAAAUUGAACCAUAUUAUAUCCAGUUUGUGUCGAGUGGAUGUUAAACCCCAUUCUCCCUUUCUAUCUUUCAUUAACUGAACAUUGACAAAAAAUACUUUCUACAGUGAUCUAGGGCAAUCAAACAAAAAACUGAAACAUGUUUCAAUUUAUUUUCUAGAUAUGUUGUCUUUUUAAAUUACGCCUAGUUUGCUUUAAAAAAAUACAGACAUUGAUGAUAGAACCAGCGAUCAUUUAUAGAACAUGGGGAACGUUCAAUGUGGUUGUAUUAUAUGGUUGUUAGGGUACUUUAUGUUUCUGGAGUAAAAGAAAAAUUUCCAGGACUAAUUGAGAGUUGUAGGAAUUAUUGGUUAUGCUUUGCUACUAUCUCUGAAAUGUUUCCAUUUCAUUAUACUAUUAUAGAACAGGAUACAUUGAAUUAUUGUAAAUCUAAAAUAAUGUGAACAUUGAACUUUAUAAAACUCAAACAUCUUGUAGGUUUGUUUGCCAAUACAAGACUCAUUAGGUUUGUUUUCAAAUACACGAUUCAUUUGUAUAUAUUUCAUGCUUAAAUGUAAUUACUUUCAGGUUGAAUUCAUUCAAUAAAACUUUCAAUUUAUAUUAAUACAUAACCCUGUAUAUAGAAUUGUAUAUAUAUUGAAACUGUACAUUACAUUUCACAAUAAAAUUAAUCAUCAAUAA